GGAGAGAGAGGAGCAGGAGGAGCUCCAGCCAAGAGAGGGAUCGUGCGGGAAACACUGAACUAGCUUUUGUUUUUUACCAAACUGGACAUUUAAGCAAACCAACAUGAGGGUGCACUUCUCCACGAGCUGGAUUUUCCGAGGAUGGAUCACAUGCCUGAUCUUCGCCUUGUGCGUCCAAAGGAAGCAUGCCAAACCAGCCUGUAACCAAGAGCAGUACCUGAAGGACAAGAGGUGCUGUUCCAAAUGUAGACCAGGAACAUACAUGUUUGAUGAGUGCAACGAGACAAGUGACACUAAAUGUCGGCCUUGUGGAAAGGACGAGUACCAGUCAGAGUACAACACUGACCACAGGUGCCUUCCACAGAAGUUCUGUGAUGAUGGUAAAGGCUUUUAUCGCCCCAGUCCCAGUAGCCCUUAUGAACCUGUGCCUUGUGAGUGUAAGGACGGAUUUCAGUGUUCCCCCCUAAACUGUGAGUUCUGUGACCAAAUCCCAUCUUGCCCUGCAGGCCAAGGACUCAUAGGAGACCCUGGCAGACAGUCCUGCAAGGAGUGCACAAAUGGAUAUUUUUCAGAUUCACAUGCAGCAGAACCCUGCAAGAAGUGGACGGACUGCAAAGCCUUCGGCAACACUGAGGAAAGGAAAGGCAGCACUAAAACAGAUGUGGAGUGUGGACCGCCCUUCGAGCCGCCCACCUCCUGGGCCGUGGUGGCCGUCCCCUGUGUAAUAAUUGUGAUGUGUGUUGUCAUUAUUUCCUGCUAUAAGGACAAACUGAAUCUCCUCUCAGUCAAUCUCAGAGCCUGCAUCCAGAACAUUAAACGCAGCCGAAUUCAACAAGAGACGCUGACACCUCCAUACCACAGCAAUGGCUUACAGAGCUGCUCUCAAUAUGAGAUGACCUCCCACCUCAUCCGGCAAGACGACAACCAUAUAGAAUACAUGAGCUUGUGUUCAAAAACAAAGCUAAUCAGUGAUAGCACACCAGGCCCUGACCAGGACCAGAAAGACGAGCCAAUUCGGGACAGGGCAGACGGGUCAUCGGGCAGCUCCAGCGAAGUUUCUGAGGACCCAGCUUCUCCACUUUCUGGCAGCACCUGUAGCUGCUUAUCCUCCAUAAAGGAGCCAGUGGAAGUGGGGGAGAAUGAGGACUGCAGUCAGCUGGUGGCCACUGGCCUGGCCGGCUGCUGUUCCUGUGGCCUGGGGGAGACUGUGGAAGUGAAAGAAGUGAGUGUUGUUGAAGCUGUGGCCAUGGAAGAGCCACCACUGUGUGGCAACUGCUGCUCCGACAGUUUACCUGACCGCCUGCAGGGCUCUCAGGAGCUCUAUUUGGACUACAGCAGCCGGGUGGGUAAAGAGACCAUGUCAGAGGUCAGGGGUUUUCAUAGCGACGGCAGCCUGUACAAGCAGAACGAGCCACGCUGUUGUAGCAUAGAGUCCACUGUGCCACCCAAGUCAGCAUUUAGCGACAGCAACAAUGGAGGCCUCUCACUAAUUGCAGACAACCACCUGUCUGACCCAGAGGCUGACCUGGAGGUCCAGAGCCAGUGCUCCGAUGCUGCUCUUGCCUGUGGUCAGGUGACUGGAAACAACAACACCACCUUCAUCUCCACUGGCCAGGUGAUGAAUUUCACCGGUGAUGUCAUCAUGGUUUAUGUCAGCCAGACUUCUCUGGGCAGCGGGUGUGGAGGUGAAGAGCCCUAUGCCAGUCCAGUUCAGGAGGAAUCUGGCGAAGUGCAGAAUGCGUCCAAAUCCAGCCCACAGACAUCACAGCACGAUUUCCCUGUGCAGGAGAUGACGAACCGCCGCCUUCAGCAGAAUCUCUCCAUCUGAACCAGAGCUGGAUUCACCUCUAUUUUAUUAUUUUCAUCUCUUUUUAAUGAUUUAUUGAUCAGUUCACUACAGUGGUCACCAGCCUGGCUCCUGGACAUUAACUUUCUUACAAAGUUUAGUUUUAGCCAGGGGUUAAAUAAGGAUUUAGAAGGUAGGGUGGACAUUCAUUUCAUGGGUGCCAGCAAUGUCAAUGUUAUUAUAUGGAGUUAUUGUAUGGAGUAUUAUGUGGUAUUAUAGUAUUAUCUAUACUAUACAUGGUCCACUCAUCUUCAUUCAAUGUAACAGGCUACUGGUGCUUUCAAAUAGUGUAAAAAUAAUUUUAAAAAGAGGUUUUGGGAUGACAGAGACAUGUUUUGACUGUAUUUAGCAAAAGCUAGUUGGGAAGACAUGGUCAACCAUGGCAUAAUUUUGAGUAUGCCACAUCAGGGAGGGUCUCAGAGUAUUUUCUCUCUGUGAUAGGUGGGUGGGGAUGUGGGAUGUAGGAGUGCAGGGGUGCUGUGGCACCUCCAGGUUUCUGGAGUGUUUAACUGCAGUUACUAAAAACAGUAACAGAGCUAUGCACUGUUGAAGUUACAGUGCCUUUGAAAACGAAGUGAAUCAGUUCCCUCACCAAUUGUUGGCCAUUUGGCGGGUUGUGGGGACGUUGUGUCGCUAAUACAGUUUGAAAAACGUCAGCCGACAUAAAUAUCUCCUACUCCUAGAUGUGCUAGAUAUGUAUGUGCAGCUUCCAGUUGAUUGACGCACAGCUAAUUUGCAUAACAUUUGUCCUGCAAGAGAAAACAGAGACAGCAGGGUGAGCAAUUGUAGUGUUGGUUAUAUGCAUAUCUGUACAGUCACCUCUGUAGCAUGUCAUAUGUUCUGUUUUAAAUUAUCCAAACAAUCCACCCACUGGUGCACAGUGAUGUAAUCAAAACUCAGAUGAUGUUUCAGGUGAGGGCAAAAGUCAAUAUAUUUUGGUGUCUUUUAUGUGAUAUAUCAUUAACUGUGUUCAACGACUAGUUGACUUGGGUUUGAUUUAGCUACCUCAGUGGCAACAGGUUAUGCAACAGAAUGGUUAAAUGGUGACUUCAUCUUUAAGGUUAUAGCAAUUGAAGGUUGAUGGAUAUGCUCAUUUUGAGCAUUUAACUCCUGGUUUCAGCACUGUUUUUUCAGGGCCUUUCAGAAAGUUGAGCUGAAAUGGGCAGAAAUGUUAGUGAAGAGAAGGUUGGUGACCACUAGUUUACCGAUCUUUGUCUUAGCAUCCCGAGUGCUAUUUCUUAAAGAAAAAUGCUGUGCAUUUGUUGAACGUAUGUGUGUUUUUCUUGUUGUUUUGUAAUCAGAAAUCUAAAUUGCUAUAAUUGUACAAAUGUCUAUGAUUUAUGCCUGUCCUUUGCGUUGGCCUGAACCGUCUAAUUUGCAGACAAUCCCUAUGUUGUCAAGCCAAAUAAAAAGAGCAGCUUGGUGAGACAAGAAGUCAGAGCUACUGUUGAGCAACUCUAGCCAAAGAAAAUCAAAACUGGUCCAGAGAAAGCACAACAUGCAGCCACAGGAACAAAAUCGUGCUUCUGUCCCAAAGCCUGUGGUUCUUUUGUCCCUUCUUCUCAGGCCUUUUCUGAGGAGGAACUAGUGCACAACAUCUCACCGAGAGAUUGCGUUAUGGACCGUAAUUAAAGCUCCUAGAGACUCUGUGAAAACAAAAUAGGGGCAGGUUUGCUUUUUUGCUUCAUAAAAGUUUGUAUUUUAUUUUUUUUCCUUGGAAAUUUUCUGGAAAAUGUUCUAAUUUUGUUCAUUUUGUUGUUUAUGGUGGCAUUAUUAGCCACUACUCUGACCAUUCAGUCUAACUGAAAUAAAAAGGAGUGUAGCCAUUCA